AUGGUGCCGUCGCCUUCGUCCCCUGGAUCGACCACGAUGCCUCCCACCGACGAUCAGAGUGUGCCUAUGCGCCGCUCACGACGUCUCGCUGAAAAGCACGGAUGGGCCUCCUCUGAGGUAGUUAUGCCAUCCACACCUCGUCUGGUUUCGUCCCAGUCGACCUUUGAGGGUCCUACUCCGACAUGGUCGACCGGCCAUGCUCCUAGACCCGCCACGCCGUCAUCCCCCAUACGGACGGCUGACAUGUACGAGCCACGUACACUUCCACCCCUUUCCCAUCACACUUUCACGACGUGCCCACAAUCGCCUGGUCUUACUGGGCUGGGCGUGCAGCUGUCACGUCGGCAUACCCGGCACCAAUCAGAGGCACAAACUCGCCAGGAUGAUACAGUACUGCUUCCAUCUGUGCGGAGCAGUCCGCGUCUCGGUGCGGAGGAUUGGCCAACGAACGAGUCGCUUGUGCCUGCGACGCCCAAGGUAGGUGUUGUAGCCGAGGGCGUUUUCCCUUCGAUGGUGCUUCCUGACUCCAUCACGACACUCGUCCCACCGGAAGAUCCCGAGGCGGAUGUGCCUGUGCGUCGUGUCUCCCCUCGUAUGGCACGCUCAGCGACAAUGCGCCGCUCCAACGCCAAGCCGCUGGAUGCUAUGCCACAAAGCUCACACGUUCAAGGCCUCGGCGUCUCUGUAUUUCGCGAUGAUAAGCAGCCAUCUAUUUCCCACAAUUCUGACACAGUACGGGCGCCCAUCAAAAAGGGUACAGACUCUCACGCUGCGACGCCCAGCUCAACACCGCGGCUGGCCUUCCAGGAGAAGGCCGUCAACGAGGUGGCUGCGACGCCGUUCGCUUCCUCCAAGACCUUGCCCCCGACAUUCACUCCCUCCUCUGUGGCUUCAUACUGUGAUGAAAACGGUCAUAUUGUCCCUACGACCCCAGCCUACGUGGCAGACGCUGUGAAACGGUCUAGUACACCCAAAUCGGACUUGUCCCCACUUCCCCUAAGCCAAGCGUCCACGGACGCGCCUUCACGUCGUUCCUACUAUCUUCGCUAG